UCAUCCCAAGUAUCCUCGGACUUUCUCUCUCUACAACUUCAAUUCCCCUCCUUGGACCACUCUCUUGAUAUCUUGAAAUUCCACGCAAUGCAGUACCAAUCAGAGUCACGCAGCUACUACUCCUCCGCCGUCCAAGGCGGCGUGGACCCGCUGGAGCGGGUGGUGCGGCUGGCCUCCGGCAGCGCGGUGGUCAUAUUCAGCGUUAGCACGUGCUGCAUGUGCCAUGCAGUGAAGCGCCUUUUCUGCGGGAUGGGAGUCAACCCUACUGUCUACGAGCUUGACCAAGAUCCCAGGGGCCACGAGAUCGAGAGGGCCCUCUCCCACCUUCUCGGCGGCGGCUCCGCCGUCCCCGUCGUCUUCAUCGGCGGCAAACUCGUCGGAGCCAUGGACAGAGUUAUGGCCUCUCAUAUCGGCGGCACUUUGGUUCCGCUGCUUAAGGAAGCUGGCGCGCUCUGGCUUUGAUUGAAAAAACCCCAUCCCUAAACCAUGCUCUUCUUUUUUCUUUUUCCUUUUUUGUGUUAAUGCUUUACUAAAAAAGAAUUAAUUUUCUUGUGUUAGGAAAUUAAUUUCUAGUACAAAGGAAAAGAGGCUAAUUAAUUCGCCCCAUUUUCGGAUUGGUUGUAUUAAUGUAGCAAUUAUGUGCGGGGUGUCACUCCUUUGUACAGAUGAUGCAUCAAGCUAGCGAAAUUAUUCUACUCUUAAUUCAUUGUAUUUCUUUGAUUUCUCUC